CUGAUCAUCUAAACAGUCAUGGCGGAGAAAGGACAAACAGGGUCUUCUAAAUCAACAUUAACAGCUGCAGAGAAACAGCUGUACCGCAGCAGGCAGGAGCUCAACCACAUGAAGCAACAUGCGGCUAGGAUCCGCAGCAGAAACCUGAUGACCGGCCUGGCGAUAGGAGCGUUUGUGGUCGGCAUGUUUAGCUACACCGUCCUAUCCGUCAAACAGGAGAGGGUUAUAGACGAGCUGGAUGAUGAAGCCAGGAUCCACAUCACCAGAGGGCCACGGACCGGAGCCAACUCCUGAAGACACUAAACAUGAACUGUCCUGGACUUUCUGCUUCCUGGCUCACUGCAGGGCAUUACAUGUGACAUCUAUAGACUGGUGACGAUUCAUGUCUGCAGAACAACUUACAUAUUACCUGACAUUUCACAGUUUUUCACUAUAAGUUUCAGUAUAAAAAUACAUCAAAUCUUUAUUUAAAAUGGAUAAUUUUGAACUAUUUUCUGCUGCUUUGAAGAUUCAUGGUAACAUACUUUGAAUCUUGUGUAACCCUGAUAGUAAGAAGACACCAAACUCCAUUUAAAAAAUCUUAUUAUUGUUAUUAUCAUUAUUUAUUAUAAUCUAACAUGUCAUCAAAAAUACAGUAUGUACCUGAUAAAUCACCUUUUUCUUAAUUUAGCAAAUUGACAACCAAUCCAUUAAGUUGCUCUUGUUAAACAAUAUCAGCUCUUCAAAUGAAUGCUCAUCUCUGUUCUCUGUGGUGUAAUCUGGUGGAAAUAACAUGAAAAUGUACCUUCACAUUUCAUGUGUCUGGUACUUGUCAGCUUAUGUGUGGUGCAAUGGAGUGUUUUCUUUUCUAUAUUUAAAAAAAGUAUAAAUAGAAAUAUGUAUAUUCUGUGUUUUGACUUAAGUUGUUUAUUUUCCAGAAAAAUUAAAUAUAUGUUAUACACAGGCGAAAUCAUUAUUAUACA